UCGCCGCCGCCUUCGGCAAACAAAAACCCUCGCCGCGAUGCCGCCGGAGCUGCUGGAGGAGCUCGUCGAGGAGGUCCUCCUCCGCCUCCCGCCGGGUGAUCCCGCGAGCCUCGUCCGCGCCGCGCUUGUCUGCAGGCUCUGGCGUCGCCUCGUCUCCGGCGCCGCCUUCCCCCGCCGGUUCCGCGAGUUCCGCCGCACGCCCCCCUUGCUGGGCUUCCUCUGCGAUCCCGGCGACGAAGACGACUACGAGGAGGGCGUCUACGUCCCCGCCUCCUCCUUCCGCCCGCGCGCGCCCCUGUACACCCCUUUCAGCUGCUGGCGUGGGACGCUCGCCACGGCCGCGUGCUCCUCCACAAGGGCCACAGCCACUACUCCCAUCGUCCCUACGUCUGGACGCCCAUCACCGGCCCCCGGAUGGCGGCGCUGCCCAAGAUGCCGCCGGACCGUCCGGACAGCUGGACCACCGCGGUGCUCUGCGCCGCCGCCGCCACCGGCACCGGCGCGUGCGACCACCUCGACUGCCACGACGGCCCCUUCAUCGUGGUCCUCGUCGGCACCGACACCAAGGGGAUGUUUUCCUACGUCUUCUCGUCGGAGACUUACAAGUGGAGCGAGGUGACCACCGCCGAGCACCCCGGUGACUGUAUCAGCUGGAACCGCAGCACCCUCGUCGAGAACGCGCUCCACUUCAUGUUCGAGAAGAACGACAGGAUCCUCAAGUAUGAUUUGAGAACUCGGGGAAUGUCUCUGAUGGAACUGCCUCGUUAUGUGGGAACCAACCUAAUAUCUGAAGCUUUUAUUGAGCUCAUGACGACCAAGGAGGGGCGGCUGGGGUUCGCAAGGUUGGAGGAGUCGAAGCUUUGCCUAUGGUCAAGGGACCAUGGAGAUGUGGGAUGGGUGUCAAGCAUAGCCAUUGAGCUCGACAAGAUGCUACCCUUUGAUGCCUCGUUGGCCGACACUACUUUUUUGGUUGGCUUCGCGGAAGGGGUCGGUGUAAUUUUCGUCAGGGUUGGGGAUGGGGUCUUCACUAUUGAUCUACAAUCUUGCAAGGUGAUCAAGGUAUAUGAGGGCCCGAUCAUCAGCUGCGUUGUUCCCUACAUGAGCUUCUGCACUCCAGCAUUGCGGGCAGCUUCUACAGAUGCGUGACCGAGAUGAGGUGUCUCGAGCUUCCCCCACAGAUGGCAGACCAACAGUGAGUGCCUUGACUGCUUGAGGCGGUAUGUCAGAAAGAGGAGUGACAGUAUAUUUCUCAAUUAGGAUUUACUAGGCUUGGGUGUUUCAGAUGUACAAAAGAUCUGGAUAUGUCCUCGAGAAAUGCAGGAGGAGACAGAAGAUAAAAGGCUUCUACUUUUUUUUUUUGCUCUUUUCUCUUGUAGUUGCAAUUUGCAAGUUCCAAUGGAACUUGAAAGAACUCUUUAGGCUGAUUGAUCGGCAAGUGACAGGACAAUAAACUACACAUGGACCUGCACGCUCGCUUAAAA